AUGCCUUCUCGAACCAACGGCGUCGGAGUCCAGGUCGAGGACACCAAGAUCUGUGUGGUCAUGGUUGGCCUGCCUGCCCGAGGCAAGAGCUACAUCGCCCAGCGAGCCCAACGAUAUCUGCAAUGGCUCUCCAUCCCAGCCCAGACCUUCAACGUUGGCAACUACCGCCGCAAUGACGCCCCUCAGCCCAAGGCCGACUUCUUCGACACCAACAAUCCCGAGGGAGAGCGCAAGCGCCGUGCCGCCGCCGAGGCUGCCGUUGCCGACAUGCUCGCCUGGUUCCGCUCUGGAGGUAUCGUCGGCAUUCUCGACGCCACCAACUCGACCCUGGAGCGCCGCAAGUGGGUGCUAGAGGUCUGCAAUGCUAACGGCAUCGAGGUCCUCUUUGUCGAGAGCAAGUGUGACGAUGAGGAGCUCAUCAUGGCCAACAUCCGCGACGUCAAGACUGGUAGCCCCGAUUAUCGCGGCCAGGAUCCCGAGACUGCUGCCCUCGACUUCCGCAACCGCAUCCGCAACUACGAAAAGGUUUACUGCACCAUUGACGCCAACGGCGAGGAGGCCCACCUGACCUACCUCAAGAUCAUGAACGUCGGCAAGCAGGUCAUCAUCAGCCGUAUCCGGGACUACCUCCAGAGUCGAAUUGUCUACUAUCUCAUGAACCUUCACAUCCGCCCCCGCUCUGUCUGGCUAUCAAGACACGGUGAAUCUCUGUACAACCUUGAUGGAAGAAUCGGCGGUGACACGCUCCUUUCUCCCCGUGGCGAGCAAUAUGCUAGGAAACUCCCUGAGCUCGUCCGAAAGUCGGUCGGAGAUGAUCGUCCUCUUACCGUGUGGACCUCGACUCUUCGACGAACCAUCGCCACGUCUCGCUUCCUUCCCCAGCACUACAACCAGCUCCAGUGGAAGGCCCUUGACGAGCUUGACUCUGGCGUGUGCGACGGUCUGACUUACCAAGAGAUCAAGGACCGAUACCCCGAGGACUUUGCUGCUCGUGAUGAAGACAAGUACAACUACCGCUACCGUGGCGGAGAGUCGUAUCGCGAUGUCGUCAUCCGUCUUGAGCCUAUUAUUAUGGAACUGGAGCGAAGUGAAGACAUUCUUAUCGUCACCCACCAAGCUGUUCUGCGCUGCAUCUAUGCCUACUUCAUGAAGAAGGACCAGGCUAAGAGCCCCUGGAUGAACGUUCCUCUCCACACCCUCAUCAAGCUGACCCCCGGCGCUUAUGGCACCGAAGAGGUUCGCUAUGAGGCCAACAUCCCCGCUGUCAGCACCUGGCGAGGCAAGGGAAGCACCGCCAAGCACGAGAACCCAGCCCCCGAGGUCUUGUAA